AAACAAAAAUACAGUUUCGCCCGUUGUAUUUUUGCUGUAGUUUAAGAAAGCAAUAUCGUAGAGUCCAAAUUUUUAGGUUAACUUGUUGCGUUUCAAAGCCCUCAUUCGCAUGUAUGAAAGCCUUAUGUUUACAUUUGAUGUUACUCAGAAAUACACUGAAUCUUUCUGGACUGCCGAUCUUCGGUUAUGUAACACAAAGCCAAUUGCACACAUCAACUGUUUGUAACGAAAUCCGCAAGCUUGCCCGACUGCGAGUUGUGGAUAACAGCGAAAUCGGUAAACGAGCAAUGGCAGAGGGCAAACCACCCAAAUGCAUUCACGUAUACAACAAACAAAUGGUGGCCAAGGUUGGAGACAAAGUGCUAGUAGCAAUCAAAGGUCAAAAAAAGAAGGCAAUUCUUGUUGGAUGUAAACAAAGACAGCAACCGAAAAUUCCAAAAUUCGAUAGUAAUAACAUUGUUCUAAUUGACGAUAACGGCACGCCGCUUGGUACCAGGAUUCAUGUCCCUAUCCCGACAGUUUUGAGAUCAAUUCUCAAAGAAAAAACGCAGGCAAAAGGAGCUGACUAUACCAAACUGCUAGGGAUUGCCAGUAGAUUUGUUUGAAAUGUAAUAAACUAAAUAAGUAUUCGCGCUUAAGAUGUAACAAUUUUAUUUGUUAAA